CCACGGUGGACGGAUGACUGGAGUUUCCCUUGCGGUCUGAAGAUUAAUGGAAGGGGUCUGUUGAUCUUAGGAAUCGACGAUCAGAUGGUCGGUCCCAGGAAGCCAUUGCACUUGAUGCCUGGUCUAGAAACGAAUGGGGAGGUCUCCGUUUGACAUAACCAACAGCGGAAAGAGCGAAUAGCCUGGACACCGCGUUUGUUAUCCAGGUCUCAGCUCAAAAAAAAAAAAGAAAAAAGAAAAGGCCCAGAGAUAGCACCUGGUUGACGUUAGUUCAGGCCAGGAUACGACUGCGAGGGACGCUAGGGAGCUAACGCUAGCCUGCUCGUUAGAUAUACGGAAACAGCUUUCGACGAUCUAUCUAACGCUUUUUUCUUUUUCUUUUUCUUUUUUGGGGAGAUAAACCAAGCCGUCUCUGGAAAUAAAGGACACCCGAGUGACAUCGGACAUUGGAAACUGACUCGCUAACGCUGCGAAGCUAACAACCGUUGGCGAUCCUUGGUAGGAGUUAGCCACCGUGCUAACCUGAAAGCAGCCAGUGUUAACUGCAUACUUGGAUAUAUACUCGCUUGGUUGGAGUUUUGCGAACACACACACUCACACAAACGCGCAUAAGGAAAGGUAUUUUUUAAGGGAGGGGGGGUGGGAAUAUAUUUACACUCGUUAGUCAAUUAUGAUAGCUGCUAGCUAGUAGCUAGCUGUCAGCUUCAUUGACCUGCGUUUUAGCGGUGUUAGCAUCACUCAACGACCUGUGAAGGAAGACUCAGUCCGAGACUCACUCCACCAUCAUCCUGCCAUCAUGGGCAACACGCCCACCGCGAAGAAGGGCAAUGAGAUGGAGAGCGUGAAGGAGUUUCUUGCCAAAGCCAAAGAAGAUUUCCUGAAGAAAUGGGAGAAUCCAGCACAGCAAACUGCGGCACUGGACCACUUUGAGCGUUUGAAGACCUUAGGCACUGGUUCAUUUGGUCGAGUCAUGCUGGUUAAACACAAAGAGUCGGGCCAGCAUUUUGCCAUGAAAAUACUUGACAAACAGAAGGUAGUUAAGCUGAAGCAGAUAGAACACACACUGAACGAGAAACGUAUCCUGCAAGCUGUCAGCUUUCCCUUUCUGGUGCGACUGGAGCACUCUUUUAAGGACAACAGUAAUCUGUAUAUGAUAAUGGAGUAUGUACCCGGAGGCGAAAUGUUCUCACACUUAAGGAGAAUCGGUAGAUUCAGUGAACCACACGCCCGCUUCUACGCAGCCCAGAUUGUACUGACCUUUGAAUACCUUCACUCGCUGGAUCUCAUCUACCGAGAUCUUAAGCCGGAGAACCUGCUCAUUGACCAGCAAGGUUACAUACAGGUAACAGAUUUUGGAUUUGCGAAAAGGGUGAAGGGCCGAACCUGGACGCUUUGCGGGACCCCAGAGUACCUGGCACCAGAGAUCAUCCUCAGUAAAGGUUACAAUAAAGCAGUGGACUGGUGGGCUCUGGGGGUGCUGAUAUAUGAGAUGGCUGCUGGUUACCCCCCCUUCUUUGCAGACCAGCCUAUUCAGAUUUACGAGAAGAUUGUAUCAGGGAAGGUUCGCUUUCCCUCCCACUUCAGCUCAGACCUGAAGGAUCUGUUGAGAAAUUUGCUGCAGGUGGACCUGACCAAGCGCUUCGGCAACCUCAGGAAUGGAGUCAAUGAUAUCAAGGGCCACAAGUGGUUUGCCACCACUGAUUGGAUUGCUAUCUACCAGAGGAAGGUGGAAGCCCCCUUUAUUCCUAAGUGCAAAGGCCCCGGCGACACAAGCAACUUUGAUGACUACGAGGAAGAGGAAAUCAGAGUCUCCUUCACAGAGAAGUGUGCAAAGGAGUUUGCUGAGUUCUAGAUCCAACCAUGAGUAGCGGAGAGACAGACAGGAAUUUAGAAAGUAAAAGGGGGUCCGAAGAAAGGAAGCACUAGGGUGGACUGCUAACUUGUUUAUUUGUAAUGACGACAACAAUGUAAAAUCCCCCCAGUCGAAAGGUAGGCAAAGUGAAGAAAGAUCCAACAGAACCAGCAGUGUUGCCUUUUCUGAUUGUUUCUCAACUGUUACCUAUUCAUUUUAUUUAUCCCUCUUGUGCUUGUGGCAGGGGCUCGAGGAGAACAGGCAUAGGUUGUGGCUAUCCAGCUAUACUUGUAUCUUUCUGAUGGUGUAAUGACAUGUUUUCAGUCUUCGCAGGUUGAGGCAUUGAUUUUCUGUUAAGGUACUGAAUCUGCUAGGCUCCUUUUUUUUGAACAGGGCCCUCUACAAGCUUCUCAAAGAGUGAUUGUUGUAUCUUGUCACCCUGGCCCCACCCCCUCCCCUUCAUCUCUCCAUCCUGAAUCUGUCCAAGCAAUACCAAGUCCAACAGAUGUGCCUAUCAUAAUGCCAA